UGAUUCUUCAUGGAAAAAAAUGAAUGUUAAAAAAAAAUCUGGUCCCACCAUGCAGCCUACCGCCACCACAGCUUAAAAAAAUCCUAGCAGAAACCCUGGAGUUCGUUUAUUUAUUCAGACUAAAAUGAUUGCAGUGAAAAAUGUUCAGUGAGUGUUUUUUAAUUCGUCAAGUUUGUAAUUUGGAAACCUAAAGAAUACGGACAUACAGUGGGGUUUUUGGUUUUGGAAACUGUUUUUGGCACAUUUUUUAAGUGGUUAACAAUGGGGUUCAUUCAUUUUAUUUUGUGAUUUUAUUUAUUCUUUAAAAGGAGACUUAUUGCAAAGAGUACAUUAGUAGUUUAUUUAUACUAACUAAAAAGAUUUUUGUCCUUGCAGUCAAAAGCACCGCCAUUUUUUAAUGUGCCCCUACUGCCACAAAAGCCAGCAGGGCCUGUCAUGCCAUCUGCGUAGGACGUGCAGGAAAGAUGCGAGUCCAAAGGUUAUUAAGGAAAUUGUGAACAAGGCCAAGGAUGACGUUUUCAAUCUUCUGAGGCAUGGACGGGUCUACAGAUACCAGCUUCUUCGGGAAGUCCUGGACUCCAAGGAUCCCCUCAAGAGGCUGAUUCAGGAGCUUGAAGAUCGGAAUAAUGUUGUGACUGACGUGCCAUCCACCGACAGUGCUGGAGCUUUAAACGCUGCCCCUGAUGCUCCAGGGCCUUCAACUAGUACGUACAAGGCUGAGUUUUCUGAGGGGUCCAAAGAGGGUGGAAGUGAGAGCAGCGGAGAGACAUAUCAAUGGCAGAUUCAGGAGCUUGAACUUCAGAAUAAUGUUGUGACUGGCGUGCCAUCCACCGACAGUGCUGGAGUUUUAAACAUCACCCCUGAUGCUCCAGGGCCUUCAACUAGUCCGGACCAGGCUGAGAUUUCUGAGGAGUCCAACGAGGGUGGAAGUGAGAGCAGCGGAGAGACCUUUCAAUGGUGGAUAAAGGAGCUUGUACUUCGGAAAAAAUUUUUGACUGGCAUGCCAUCCACGGACAGUGCUGGAGCUUCUGAGGAGUCCAACCAGGGUGGAAGUGAGAGCAGUGGAGAGACCUAUCAAUGUCCUUCAAACCAAAAGAGGAAAAAAGCAAAACGGGCCCUGAUGGCACAGAUGGGUCUGGACAAGAAGCACUCAGUUGACCAUCCUCUGCUGAAAGAAUUUGCCCAGUAUCUCCACGAAGAUCUGGGUAUUGACAACUACAAGCAGGAGGUGGAGAAUGUCGCGAGGUUCAUGUAUUUCAUGGACCCCAGCCAACCCUCCCUCCUGUUUGUACGUGACCGGGAAAAGACGUGGGAGUACCUACGGAAGCUCAAUGCCGCCCAUUUGUGCAAACAAACCCAGAUCAGCCAUUUGAAGAACAUAAGGAGAUUCCUCGUGCAUAGUUCCGCCAACACAAACCUCUACCGAACAGAUGAAAAGCUGUCCAGAGAGGUCGUAAUGUACAUGGACUUCAUCAGCUACCUGCAGAAGCAACUCAGCAAAGGCGCCGCCAAAGACAUUGUUGCUUACCGAGAGAAGAUCAUCCAGCGUGACAUGGGUCUGAAACCACAUGACUGCACAGCAUUGUUGAGAGCUGCCAAAGAUGACUUCCUGACCGUCAUGGGAAAGAUUUUUGACUCUGCUCCCACAUACGACAUGCAGCUUGAGACAUCAGAGCAAGUGCUCGUCCUCUAUUAUCUGGAAGCUAUCAUCAUCCUGAAACACCUCCAGAGGCCUGGAGUUGUCGAGCACAUGACAAUCGAAGAGUGGAAGAAUCGGACGCGGGUGGCGGGAAGUCACAUUGCCAUCUCGGUGAAGGACCAUACCGCACCGCACCUGUUCGCAGUAUUUUUGUUGUCCUUAGAAGAGGAGACGUGGUUCCACAACUACUUUGAGUACGUUAGGAAACUGCUGAAAUAUUCAAAGAGGUCUUUGUUGAAAACGGACUGCGAAAGAGUGGAAGAAGAUCCUCAUGAAAGAUUUUUCCUCUCAUCGAAAGGGAUUCCUAUCCACAACCCGUCAAAUGACCUCUGGAGGCUGCACAACAAGUACAAACUGCAUAAUGUGAGCAGUCAACUGGCCAGAAGGACAUUUGAAUCUGCCACAUGGCAGCUUACCAAUGCGGAUGAAUCCGUGAUGGCGGACUACUUGACCCGCUCCACGGCCACAGCUGAGAAGGACUACUUGACAAAACAGACCGACAAUCUCAUAAGGGCGGUGGAGAUUAUCCAGCAGUUGGGUGCUGACCCCCGAAAAACUCCUUCCAGAAAUCCAAUUAUGGAUUUCCGGUCGAUUUUGGAUGCAUUCCUCCGCCACCAUCCGGUGACAGUGGAGGGGAAUGUCCCUGAAUUGAAAGUCCGCAAAACCUACAGUCCGACAGAGGAGCAACGCCUCUAUUCGCACUGGAGGAAAGUCCAACAACAGAUGAGAGCAGACGCUGCUCUUGCACGCUUCUCUCGUCGCCUUCCCUCUGAGUCAAGAAUAGAGAAGUGGUUGGCUCGCCAAGGCUGGGUGAAGAACACUCCGUCCCCACAAGACAUCCUUCGCACAUGGAAGCCCUCGGGCGACGUUGAGGACAUCCAGUCAUCUGCACCCAUACGGAAACUGGUCAAAUCUCAGAAAUGGAAGGGGCUGAGGGUUGAACCCGUCGCCAGGCCAAAGCAAAGAGGAGUCUUUGCUGCGCGACCCUUUCAGGCUGGGGAAGUGGUCUGUGACUACCAUGGCCAGGUAGUCACAAGAGUAGAGGGACAGAAGAUCCACCAGGAGAUGACAGAGGAGGACACUGGCUACAUGUUCUUUUUCACAAACAAGGACAAGCAGCAAAUGUGCAUAGAUGCACAUCUUGAAACAUGCCCCUGCCACCCUGGUCGCCAGACUUUCGGACGGCUGAUUAACCACUCUAGAAAAAAAUUCAACAUCCGCCCAAGAGUGUUCAGGAUGUACUUUGACGACAACGAGAGAGAUGUCCUGCUCUUCCUGGCCAACAGGGACAUUGCCGAAGGAGAGGAGCUCCUUUUCAACUAUGGCGGCAAAAAAAAGCAAUUCUGCGGCGAAGGACUAGAUUUAGAGUGGCUGGACUGAUUAUUGUUAUUAUUUGUCACAU